UGACGGAGAAGAAUGUAAAAUGGUCUCGAAAUUACCGAGGGCGCAUGUUUAAAAAUCGAAGACUAUUUAAAAUUUUGGAAGUCACAGUAGUGCUGGUGGUGAAUAUGGGACUGAAAAUGGGAAAGGGAAAGGUGGCAGCGCAGUGCGCGCAUGCAGCAGUCAAAGCUUACAAAUCAACGUUGAAGAAGAAUCCUGCGUUACUCCGUGCGUGGGUAGAUAACGGCCAACCGAAAAUAUGUGUAAAGGCAGACAACGACGAUAUAUUCUUCGCUGUUGCAGAGCACGCACAAGCCCUGGGAUUAGGGUCGCAUAUGAUUGCAGACGCCGGCAGAACUCAGAUCGCCGCUGGUUCGUGUACUGUAGUUGGAGUGGGACCAGGCCCAGUACAUUUGGUGAACAAAGUUACAGGCCAUCUGAAGCUAUUAUAA